AUGCGUAAGGCUGGUGCAGUCUGUCUUGUUCUUCUUGCUGUCAUGGGGUAUGUUAUCUAUGGUGGCAAGGAGGAGAAACGCGGUCCGAUGCAGCAGGGCGUUCCAUUGGUGCAGGUGUAUGAUGUGAAAAAGGGGGAUAUGGCUCGUCAUAUCGUGCUUUCGGGACAGGUGGUUGCUGAUGCGAAUAUCGUGCUUGCUCCAAAGUAUGCAGGCAGGGUGACAGAGGUAAAUGUCCAGCUUGGUGAUGUUGUUCAUGAGGGGGAUAUUCUUCUGGUACAGGAUACAGGGGAUUUGGAUAUUGCUAUCCUGCAAAAUGAAGCGGCGGCCAGUGCUUCUGGUGCUGAUGCUGUUACUGAGGAGGCUGGCUUCUACGCUGAUUAUGCAAAGGCAAAGGCGGCACUGGAUAUUCAGCAGGCUCGCUUUGAACGCCAGAAGUAUCUUUUUUCCAUAGGAGCGAUUUCACAGGAUAAUUUGGAUAGUGCUGAGGAGACAUAUAUCACCAGCAAGGCUGCGUUUGAGGCUUUGGAAAAUCAAGGCGGAAAUGGUGUUCCUGCGGCAGUGCUUUCCAAGCAGUAUACGGCAGAGAAAAAUCGUCAGGCAACAGAAGCGUUACGCAAGCAGAGAAGUGACAUGAUACUUCGUGCGCCUCGUGAUGGCGUUAUUGGCUACAAAAAUGUUGAGGUUGGCUCAUAUCUUACAGCUGGCAGUAAGGUGCUGACUUUGGUAGAUAACAGUCAUGUAUAUGUGGAUUGCCCAUUGUCUGAAAAUGAUGCGGCUGUACUGGAAAUUGGUAUGUCAGUUAAGGUUUUCGUAGAUGCUCUUGGUAAGGAGUUUAUGGGAAAGCUGGUGUAUGUCAGCCCGUCUAUGGAGGAUGGGAAGACUUAUACAGCACGUAUUUCUCUUGAUAACACAGAUGAUAAGAUUAAGGCAGGGUUGUUUGCCCGUUCCAGUAUAGAUAUUUUCCAGAGGAAGGAUGCUAUCACUGUUCCGAAGGAGGCUGUUUUAGCGAAAAAUGGCCGUACCUAUGUGUUUGUGCUGAUGGCGGAUAAUACAGUUCAGCAGCGUGAUGUUACUAUUGGCUUACUGAAUGAUACUGAGGAAGAAAUUCUUUCUGGCAUAAAUGAUGGUGAGCGUGUAGUACUUACCAAUCAGGAUAGAUUGAUGGAUGGAAGUACGGUACGGAUUGCAGAUGCGGAUUCGGCGGCGAUAGAUGCCACCAAGAAGAUAGAGGCUAUCCGCAGGAAUUUGCCUGAUGAAGCAGAUGAGCCGGUGGUUUUCAAGCGAGAUACCAAUGGUGCACCGAUUAUGGAGGUAGCUAUCCGCUCAGAUGAGUCGCUUUCAACUAUAUAUUCCAAGGCAGAUAAUACCUUUGCUGAUGUUAUCCAGCAGGCUGGCGGUGUGUCUGAGAUAGAGAUUCGUGGCGGUCGGGAUAAGGAGGUCGCUGUUGAGGUAGAUAAGGAUAAGCUGGCUUCCUAUGGUCUGACUAUGGAUAGGAUUGUUUCUGCUAUAAGGGCGGAGAAUCAGCUUAUGCCUUCUGGUUCUAUUUACACUGAGACCACUAAAUCCGAUGUUCGCAUGAUAGCUCAGUUUAAAAGGGCUGAUGAGCUGGAGAAGAUAAAAGUAAAAAAUAGCAGUGGGCAGGAAAUUCCAUUGACGGCUGUAGCAACUGUUCGUCAUCAGGAUGCUCGUUCAGAGCGUUUCGGCAGGCUGAAUGGUGAAGAUUCCAUCAAUAUGGAAAUUUAUAAAAACAGUAAUGCCAAUGUGGUUGAAACAGCAGAUAAUGUCAAAGAAAAGCUAAAAAAGCUGGAGCAGGAUAAUCCAGAUUAUAAAUUUGAGAUUGUCAGUAAUGAUGCCGACUAUGUAAAUCGUUCACUGCACAAUACCAUUGGUACGCUUAUCGAGGGCCUUUGUACUACUGCAUUGGUGCUGUAUAUGUUUUUGCGUGGCUGGCGUUCUACUGCGGCAGUUAUGAUUGCAAUUCCUACAUCAUUGAUUUCUGCCUUUUUCGUCAUGUAUGUAGCUGGCUUUACCUUCAAUAUGAUGUCACUCAUGGGUAUGACUCUGUGUAUUGGUAUUCUGGUAGAUGAUUCUAUCAUAGUGCUGGAGAAUAUAACCCGUCAUUUGCAGAUGGGGGAGGAUUCCAUGGAGGCGGCUGAGAAGGGGCGGCAUGAAAUUAGCAUGGCAGCGAUAGCCAAUACGCUUUGUGAUGCUGUGACCUUCCUUCCUAUUGCUUUUAUGACAGGUAUGACAGGGCAGUUCUUCCGUCAGUUUGGCUUGACUAUCGUGUUUGCUGGUUUGUUUUCUCUGUUUGUAUCUUUUACGUUGACUCCUAUGCUGGCUUCACGCUUGUAUAAAAAGGGUUGGAAAAAUGAGAAGCGCAGACGCUGGGAGAUAAUGGACAGCAUAGAAAAGCGUGCCAUUGAGAUUUAUGAAAAUUCUCUGAUGUGGAGCUUCGAGCAUAAAAAAUCACUGAUAAUAGGUGCUUUGGCAGUAUUUAUCGCUGUAAUGGGAAUGGUGCCUCUCGGCGUAGUAGGUACUGAGUACAUGCCACGAACUGAUGAAAGCAGCUUCGAGAUUAUGGUACAGCUUCCUGUGGAUAAAAAUACUGAUGAAACUGAUAAGGUUAUGAAGCAGCUGGAGGAAAAGCUGCGUACUGUGCCAGAGGUAAAGUAUUUCCUUACUCGUGGUGGUGGUUCCAGUUCUUAUGAAGGUAGAAUUAAGGUAAAUUUGGUAGACCGUUCUGACCGUGACCGCAGUGUGUGGGAUAUCACAGGUGAGAUGCGAAAGUUUGCUGCUACUAUCCAAGGGGCGGAUAUUCGCAUAGCGGAGACACAGACAUCAGUAGCUGGUGUGGCGUAUGGCGGUCCUCGUGCUGGCGGUGGUGCUUUGCAGAUAGAGCUUAGAGGAAAUGAUUAUCAGGCGUUGAUUGAUACUGCGGAUGAAGUACAAAAGCAAUUAAAGGCAAAUGUGAAGGGCGUACAGGAUGUAAACAGCUCCUAUACGGAAGGUUUGCCAGAAUUGCAGCUGCAUACAGAUAGAGAGAAAUUGCGAGUCUUAGGAACAUCUAUCAGCGAUAUUGACACAGCAUUUUCCUCUGUAAUUUCGGGCAGAGGAGCAGGCUCGUUGCCAAAUGACCCACUGAAUGAUGGACAGGACACUAAAAUAAAGGUACGUCUUAAGGGCUCAGAUGGUUUCAAGGCUUCGGAUAUUGCGGCUAUACCUGUAGAGGCAGGCGGAAAGCUGAUGUUCCUCGGUGAUAUUGCAGAUAUUUCCUAUGGUAAGGGACCUGUGAGUAUCAGGCGAGUAGAUAAACAGCGUUCCAUUGAUAUAGGUGCCAGUAUCGGUGGCAGACCACUUAAUGAGGUGGUGAAGGACGCGAAAGCUGAGCUGGAAAAGAUGAAUUUAGCUGAUAGAGGUGUUACCUAUAAAUUCAAGGGGCAGGCAGACCGUAUGAAUGAAACCUUUGAACAGCUGCUCAUGGCAUUGAUAUUGGCGAUGGUUUUGAUUUACAUGCUGUUGGCAGUGCUGUAUGAGUCAGUGAUUACUCCAUUUAUCCGUAUGUUUUCACUUCCACUUGGUCUUAUCGGUUCUGUGCUUCUGCUUCUUUUUACUAAUAAUACCUUGAAUUUAUACUCCAUGAUUGGUAUACUAGUAAUGGACGGUAUCGUGGCAAAGAACGGAACCUUGCUGUUAGACUAUACUUUGACUCUUAUGGAUAGAGGUAUGAGUGCCUAUGAUGCAGUUGUGGAGGCUGGCAAGGUUCGACUUAAGCCAAUUUUCAUGACUACUAUUACCAUGAUAGUUGGUAUGCUUCCUACAGCAUUAGCUAUUACUGAGGGUGCAGAGGCUCGUGUCAGCAUGGCAUGGGUUAUCAUUGGCGGUUUGCUUACAUCUACAAAUAUUUCACAUAGCUUUGGCGGUCGUACUAUUUUCGAGGAUGUUACCUUUCGUCUGCUGAAGGGUGAGCAUGUAGCUCUUGUUGGUGCUAAUGGUGAGGGUAAGUCUACAUUUUUGUCGAUUAUCACUGGUAAGAUGACUCCAGAGCAGGGCAAGGUUGAGUGGGCUAAGCGUGUAAAUGUCGGCUAUCUCGACCAGCAUGCAGUGCUGAAGGAGGGCAUGACUAUUCGUGAGGUUCUGCGUACUGCCUUUGAUGAGAUGUACAAGCUGGAGCAGGAAAUGCAGGAAUGCUAUGAUAAGAUGGCAGACGAAAAUGCUGAUAUAGAUAAGCUGAUGGCUGAUGCUGGCGAGAUUCAGGAAAUUCUCGAUGCAAACAGCUUCUAUACAUUGGAAGCAAAGAUUGAGGAGGUUUCCGGUGGUCUUGGUCUGCGUGGUAUCGGUCUGGACAAGAAGGUUGAUGAGCUUUCUGGCGGUCAGCGCACUAAGGUUUUGCUCACUAAGCUCUUGUUGCAGAACCCAGAUAUUUUGAUUCUUGACGAGCCUACCAACUAUCUUGACGUAGAGCAUAUCACAUGGCUGACUACCUAUUUGCAGGGCUAUGAAAAUGCUUUUAUUCUGGUAUCUCAUGACGUGCCUUUCCUGAAUGCUGUUACUAACGUAAUUUACCAUGUGGAGAAUGCUUCACUUACUCGCUAUACUGGCAGCUAUGAGAAGUUUGAGGAAAUGCAUGCCAUAAAGAAGCGUCAGGAGGAUGCGGCCUACGAGCGUCAGCAGGCAGAGAUUGCCAGAGAGAAGGAUUUCAUUCAGCGUAAUAAGGCGAGAGUUGCGACUCGUGGUAUGGCAAAUUCACGUCAGAAAAAGCUGGAUAAGAUGGAGGUUUUGGAGAAGCGUCAGGAGAAGCCAAAGCCAAAGUUUAAUUUCCAGAUGGAUAGAACACCUAGCCGUUUUGUAAUUGAAGCUAAGAGAUUGAUUUUAGGCUAUGAUACUCCGCUGACUAAUCCUGUAGAUAUACAGCUGGAGCGUGGCAAGAAGGUUGCACUGCGUGGUGUAAAUGGUCUUGGUAAGACUACUUUGUUAAAAACGUUGCUUGGUUUCAUCAAGCCUAUAUCCGGUAAGAUUGAAUUAGGUGAGUUUGUAACUCCAGGCUAUUUCGAGCAGGAAAGCACUAAGGGAAAUGACAAUACCGCUAUGGAGGAAAUUUGGCAGGAAUACCCAGGUAUGACACAGUUCGAGGUUCGUGCGGCACUGGCAAGCUGCGGUCUUACCAAUGAGCAUAUCACCAGUAAGAUGAUGGUGCUGAGUGGUGGCGAGGCUGCUAAGGUACGUCUUUGCAAGGUGAUGCAGAAGCCAGUAAAUCUUUUGGUAUUAGACGAGCCUACCAAUCACUUGGAUGUGGAAGCAAAGGCAGAGCUGAAACGUGCUUUGAAGGAAUACAAGGGAACAGUUCUUCUGGUAUCUCAUGAACCAGAGUUUUAUGAGGAUUGGGUAGACAGUGUAUGGAACAUCGAGGGCUGGACUACCAAGAUUAUUUAA